AUGCGCCAAAGUACGUGGAGCAGAUGCGGAGAACUGCGAGCGAGUAGCGGCGUCUGUAGUCCACUGAACAAACGAAACGCACAGUCUUGUGAGAACGAUGGUGGCGCCUUGAAGUAUGAGAUGCGGGACGAGAGGAUUGUUGUUGUUGUUAGCAGAUUUGUCGAGCUUCCACUUUUCGCCUUCUUUAAGUGCGCAUCUCCCACUAAAAACUAUUUGGAGCCCAACAGCCGUAAAUCGAGCAAGCUAACCCAACAGGUGCUGAGGGAAGAAAAUGAGAACACCGGUGACUGCUACAGUAAUGGAGAGGAUGAAAGUGGAGAAGAGCCUGCCCAGAGCCUUCAGCUCAGCUCUACUGUCGUCCAGCAAUUGGUGACGGAAUUGGAAGGUGUUGAAUCGCUCAAUGCUGAAAGCCUUCUCGAAUCCAUUCGCGGUCUCAAGAAGUGA